AACAACGCCAUCAACAACAAUGGUGUGCUGACAGCGACGACGACGACGAUGACGAGCCUGGAGGCCAGCCCGAGCGGGGACCUGCUGGGUCUCUCGAGCCCCGACGAUGGCAUGUCUGGCCUGGCUGGCCACCAGUCCCUGACGCCCGCGGCCCGAGUGUCCGCCACAAACACGCCCGAGCCCGAGUCGCGGAGGUCCUCGAGGACCCGCGCAAACUUCAGCCCGGCGGCCAUCAAGAUCCUCAAGGAUUGGUUCGUCGCGCACGAGGCGCACCCCUUUGCCAAGAACGACGAUCUCGAGAGGCUCGAGGCUGCCACGGGCCUCAAGAAGAAGCAGAUCCUCAUGUGGCUCGCCAACACCAGGCGCAGGAACGUGUCGGCCCCGAACUCGGGCAUGUCGACUCCCGUCAGCGAGCGAGGCAUUGGCGGUCCUCCUCCUCGGGCAAGCAUGGAUAUCCCCGCGCGGCGGCCGACGCCAAUCCCUUGGGAGAGCAUGCACCCGCUAGAGCGCUGGAAGAACUCACCCCCGGAGCACGAGGCCGCCAACGCCACCGCCAUUGCCCAGGCCGUGUCCGCCUCCUCGGACGCAUAUCUCGGCGGCGACCACGAACUCGACGAGGCAGGGUAUAUGCGCCUGCGGAGGAGCCGGAGUGGCCGGAGUGGCCGGAGCGGCCGGAGCGGGCGCAAGUCGUCCUCGGUCAGCAGCUUCGAGACGUCCAACUCGAGCCGCGGGUCCUCGAGCUCCGCGCACUCGGGCGACUCACGCGACUCGCUGCGGCUGCGGGAGCGGAUGCGCAACCUGGGGUCUAGGCGGCGCCGCAUGGCCAACAAGCGGCGGCAUGCUGGCGGAGGGGCGACGGCGGCGAGGACGACGACGACACUGGCGGCGCCACAGCACAUCUACCAGUGCACGUUCUGCCCAGAGACGUACAAGACAAAGUACGACUGGCAGCGGCACGAGAAGUCGAUGCAUCUCUCGCUGGAUCAGUGGGUGUGCUCACCGCAGGGGCCGACCGCAACGGACGCGGAAGGGCAACUCACGUGUGUAUACUGCGGGUUGGCCGGGCCGGACGACCAGCACUUGGCCGGGCACAACCAUCUUAUGUGCGUGGACAAGGUGGUCCGCGAGCGCACGUUCUACCGGAAAGACCACUUGCAUCAGCACCUGCGCCUCGUGCACAAGGCACAGUUCCUCCCCUCCAUGGACAGCUGGAAGGCGACGACCGAGAAGCUGCACUCGCGCUGUGGCUUCUGCGACCAGACCUUGGACACGUGGACUGCCCGGCUGAACCACAUUGCCGCGCACUUCAAGGCAGGCACCACCAUGGCUUCGUGGAAGGGCAACUGGGGCUUCGAGCCAGCCGUGCUUGAGAUGCUGGAGAAUGCCAUGCCGCCGUACCUCAUCCACUACGAGCGCAACACGCCUUUGCCGCUCAACGUGGCAUUGAUGGACGUCACAGACCCGGGUGUCGACCUCGCGCCAGCCAAUUCGUACGAGCUCAUCAAAUCCGAGCUGCGACACUACGUCGAGAGCAACGCGCCGCAUGAGACGAUAGGAAUGCGAGGCAAGUACUACUCGGACGAUUUCCUCCACUACGAGAGCUGCUGCAUCAUCUUUGGCUCCGAGGCCAACACUGGUGACGGCAGUGACACCGCCACGCAGCACGGCAAGUCCUGGCUCAAAGACCUCUUGCUGCUCUCUUCCCCAGACAUCACCCAGCAGGCCACAUUGCAGCCCUUGAACUGGGUGUCCAAGGCACGACUAAGCCACCUCCGCAUCCAUGGCAAGAAGAGCAUCUUCGAGGCUUGCCAGCUCGAAGCACGGCUGCUGCAGUACGUUGCGUCAAAAAGCGCCACAGGGUCUGCACCAACGGACGCCGAGCUACAGCAACAAGCCAUUGCCAUCGUCGAUGCCAUCGAGGCGACCUCGCUGAGGCCAGCGGAGCGCUUCGCGGUCUUCAUCAAGACCCUCGUGCAGGGAUCUGUCGCGUGGCUGGUGCCUUUCCGCGAGCGGUGCCUGCUCAACCCACCGUCUCUCCUUGCCCAGAACGACCAGGACUUGUUUGGUCUGGGUCAGUUUUCAGAUAAUAUGCUCCAGGCGGACGGUAUGGAUGGUCAUGUUGCGCCUGCAGAUUCGCAAAUCCAGCCCAAGUCUUGCUACCCUUGGACACAGCCCACGUCGUUCUACCCCUGGACGAUGCUGGGGGCGAGUGUUGAUCCUCUUUCCCGGACUGAAUGGACUACCGCCGCUCUUGGGCUCAUCAACGCCCCUCCCUUUGAGCCCUUGCCAAUCACCCCGGGUACUGCCGAUCUUCUAAUCCCAGAGCAACUUCGACAAGAACAACCACAACAAACACAAACACAAGAACCGCCGCCAUCCCGGUGGCUGCAGCAGCAGCACCAAUCCCUCCUUGAAGAUCCCCAACAAGCAUCCUCGCCAGCGCUUCUGCUCCCAGACACCGGGCUUGGGCCCGGCCCUGGCCCGGUCGCUGGUGGCGCUACCUCCACGUCGGCCGCUGCUGCUGGCGACAUGCCCCCCGGUCUCCCAUCGGGCUUCCAAGUCCCCAUCGGCUGGCAGGAGCUCGGGUUCCGCCACCUGACCAAGGAGCUGUACCGGUUCGUCGCGAUGUGCAUGUCGCCAAACAACCCGAACCGGCACGUGCCGACCGAUGAGGAGCUGCAGUACCAGGCGCGGUGGAUUGACUAUGAUGACGACGAUCCGUGGAACCAGACGCCCGCCGAUAACCCGGAGUGGCUGCUCGAGUUCAAGAAACUCGUCGGAAUUCCUUGCGAGGGAUGAUGGAAAAACACCACAGGUGCUGUGGAAUAAAGAUUAUGAAAACCACGCUACUAUGGUCCCCGACGUGACAACUCAAUACAAAGGCCGUGCCUGCUCCGGUCAAGAUGGGCUGAAGAAUCGAGGGGCUGUACAAAUCUGGGGCCAGGAGAGUAGUUGUCCAUGAAUUGGUGAAGCCACUAUGCCUGGCGGUAUCAGCUGUCCGCGCUUCCACCAGGUUGCAAACGCCAGCUUGACGAAAACCUGACUCAUACCGCCGUGUUAGGAAACCUUCCUGCGAAUAUAAUGUGAUGUUGUCGAUGUCUAGCC